AAUUGAAAAUUUAAGCAAAAUAUGAUGUAAAACGAUUUUCGCAAAACUAUCUUAAGUUGGCAACGCAAGUAUUGACAUGUUUUGAUGAACAUAACCAUACUUAUGCAUAGCGGCAAUAAUAAUAAAAAUAAAAUCAUAAUUUUUAUUUUAUUUAUAUAUUUAAUGCAAAAUGGCAAGAGUGGUUUUAAGUGAAGGCGAGAAAACAUUUAUAAUACGUGCUGCUGAAAAAAAUCAUCGCACCGAUGGACGCAGAAACUGCGACUACCGAACUAUAUUAGUUGAAACUGGUACAUCUAUUUGUUCUAAUGGUUCGUCUAGAGUCAAAUUAGCAAAUACAGAUGUUAUAGUAGGCAUUAAAACAGAAAUCCAAAAACCAGAUUUAAAAACCCCUAAUCAAGGUAAAAUAGAGUUUUCAGUUGACUGUUCUGGUAAUGCCGAUAUAGCAUUUGAAGGACGUGGUGGAGAUGCCUUAGCAACUGAGUUAGCUGCCGCUCUAGCAAAUACCUAUGAUUCCCCUCUUGCAUUCGAUUUAACAGACUUGUGUAUAUUGUCCGGACAACACUGCUGGAAAAUAUAUGUUGAUAUAAUGAUUUUAGAAUGUGGUGGAAAUCUUUACGAUGCGGUGUCUUUGGCAACGAAAGCAGCUUUAUUUAAUGUAAAAAUUCCGCGUGUAACGGCUUCAUUAUUGGAUGCAGGCGAAUCCGAAUUGACAAUUACAGAUAAUAUAUACGACUGUUCACGUAUAAAUGUGGAAUCUGUACCUAUCAUAAUAACGGUUUCAAAAAUUGGUGACGCUUGUGUUGUUGAUCCCACCGCUGAAGAAGAAUUAUGUGCUACAGCUACAAUAAUAAUGGGCAUUACAAUUAAAAAUGGAAAAAGUUUCAUAUCAAGUGUGCAGACCGCAGGUAAAGGUUCUUUAAAUAAAGAUUCUUUUGAUAAAUGCGUAAAGAUCGGGUGUGAAAUUGCAGAGCCAAUAAAUAGUGGAUUAAUGGAAUGUUUAAAAUUGGAAGAAGAGCGUCUUGGUAUGAAAAGAGAAAAUCCUACUUCAUUUCUACGUUAAAUUUUUUAAGUUUUGUACACAAUAAGUUUAUAUUAAAUUAAAU